UGUAACAAAGGGCAAACUCCUUGCAACAUGUAACCACGGACUUGGAAACCAGUUUGGGACUAUCGAUCUACUGCUUUUCUGGAGACAGGUAGGCGAGACCAGCAGUAACAAGAGAACUGCACUUCACAGGGGUCUGUCUGCCCAAGCUUUCCUGAAGCACCUGCGCUCGCCACCAGCAGCGUCAUUAAUCCCGCGAGACGACGGGUCCGCGGAAGGCACAAAAUUCCCCCUUUUCUAGAGCCCAGGUUUUUGCCGUCAAGUUAAAUUCCGGGGUGCGGAAGUAGCUUUGUCGUGCCGCCUCUAAUCGCUCAGAAAUCAACCCCAGUUCUACAGGGAAAGCUAGGCCUCCGACCGCUAUGGAAGGGCAGCAAGGGCAAGAAAAGCUCGCGACCCUAGCGCUUGCCCAAGCUCAUUUCCAGAAGGGCGAGUACGCGGAGGCCGAAGCGCUGUACUCCGCUUACGUUCGCCAGUACGCCUGUGCGGCCUCCGAGGGAGACGCGUCCGGGAGCAAAUGCAGCCCUGAGGAUUUGGCUACUGCAUAUAACAACAGGGGGCAAAUCAAGUACUUCAGGGUGGAUUUUUAUGAAGCCAUGGAUGACUACACAUCUGCCAUAGAAGUCCAACCCAAUUUUGAAGUUCCAUAUUACAACAGAGGGUUGAUACUAUAUAGGCUGGGAUACUUUGAUGAUGCUUUGGAAGAUUUCAAGAAAGUAUUAGACUUAAAUCCUGGAUUUCAAGAUGCUGUUUUGAGCUUAAAACAGACUAUUCUAGACAAAAAAGAAAAGCAAAAAAGAAAUUAUUGAAAAUUUUAACUUAGUUGAAAUACUAACUCAUGAUCCACCUGGCAUCUCAUUGUCUUUAAUUUAAAGCUGGUGUUAAGCUAUUUUGAUUUAUAUUUAAGAUAAAGAGAUUCAUGCAUCAGCACUGAAAGUUAAAUGAUGUACUUAAGGUAGUUAAUUUCAGAUUGAGUAACUAUGUUGAGUGAGUAUGCUUUUAUGAAGUGUAAAUAAGUAAAAAGAAUGUAUAAUUGUAUAUUAUUACAGUAAAAUAUUUAAAGAAAUGUGUGGUGUUUUCUUCAGUAAAACUAUUUAUUUUGCUAUUUUUUAUUCCCAACUUUUUAUUUAAAAAAUCUUACCUCUACAGAAAAUUGGAAGUAUAGUACAAUAAACACUUACAAACUUUUCACUGAGGUUCACCAGUUGUUAACAUUGUGUCACAUUUGCUUUUUCUCUAUACUUAAAUAUAUAACUUUUUACUGAGCCACUUGAAAAUAAGUUGCGCAGAUAUCACAAUACUUUACUCCUAAAUAUUUCAGCCUGCAUUUUCUAAGAAUAGAGACAGCCUUCUUUAUAGCCACAAUACCGUUAUAAUACCUAAUAAAACUAAUAAUUCUAUAAUAUCAUCCAUACCCAGCCCAUAUUCGAAUUCCCCAAUUGUUUCCAAAAUGUCUUGCGUAGAUUUUUAUUUCUGGAUCUGGAGUCAAUCAAGUUACACUGCAUUUUGUUGUUAAGCCUCUUUGUGUUCUCUUAAUCUACAAUAGUCCCCUGCCCAUUUUCUCCCCAUGGUAUUCACUUUGAGAGCAAAGCUAUUUUAUAUAGCUAGGCUAGAGAGACAUAACGUUUGGGCUUAAAAAUAAACACAUGUCUUGCAUGAGAGCAAUUUGAAAGAAUUCAACUUACACUUGAUUUUCUCUAGUAAUCGUUGAUAAGGUAGUUAAGAUUUAAAUAUCGAGCAUCGUUUUUUGUCUCUGGAUAAUGACACUAAUAAUCCUAUCAUCAACAUUUACUGAAUACUCACGAUAAGCCAAGAACUGUUCACACUCUAUAUAAUAAAUUGUGAGUGGAAUGGGGGUGAUUAGAGAGGUGAGAAACUGACAAAAAGCACUUAGUAAAUAGAAGGCUUUUAAAAAAUCUAUUUUAUUUGGGUGCUGCAACGCUCGAUUAGGCUAUGAUGACGCUUUCGAGAGCUGGGAAGGAUUUGAAGGGAAAACAAGCCAGAGACACCAUGUCUCACCUACAUUUUUGUGUGUGGGUUUUUAUUGUUGAGGUUUGGCUUUCAAAGAUUCAGAGCCUGUAUCUGGGGAUCUCCCAAACUAGUUUAUUAUUGCUGUGGAAAAAAACAAACUUAUUUUACAACUUAUUAAAAAAAUAAAAUAAAAAGCAAAGUCCGUAGACCUUGGGAAGGUUUGAAGCCAGUCUGUCCUGAAAAUCAAAUACUUAAAAAAUGCUUCGAUAACUUUAUUUUCUCUUGGCUUAUGUUCUCUUUUUUUUACUCUUGACUGGGAUCAGAUGUAAUAUGAAAAAAAGCUUAUUAAAAAUUUAAUUUGGUUUUGUAGGGUUUUAUUAUUCAACGUUUCUUCAUCCUUUAUCAGAAAAAAGUCACUCAAGUUCAGAAUCAGCAAUUGCUGAUUUGGAACCCAGACACUUACUUACUUUUCUCAAGUUACCGGAAAUAACUAAAGAAUAAUAUAUUUUCCUCAUGUAUUUUCUUCAAAACUUCCGACAUUACACAUUCAGAUUCUAAAUUUCUGAUUGACUAAUACCUUUGCUAUCUGCCUUUUUAAAAAAAUUUUUAAAUAUUGUUUUGAUGUGGACCAUUUUUAAAGUCUUUAUUGAAUUUGUGACAGUAUUGCUUCUGUUUUAUGUUUUGGUUUUUUGGCGGCGAGGCAUGUGGGAUCUGAACUCCCCGACCAGGGAUCAAACCCGCAACCCCUGCAUUGGAAGGGGAAGUCUUAACCAUUGGACCACCAGGGAAGUCCUGCUAUGUACCUUUUAAAAAAGACGUUAUUUUAUGUUUGCUGUUGUUUAUAUUUCCCACAUUUCAGUACUUGUUGAGCUCUUUUUCUACUAGAAAAGUGCCCAAACUAUAUUGUUUUCCAGUUUUUUUCUCUCUACAAACAAGGCAGAAAAUUGUAGUUUGUUUUAAGGUUUGUCCUUUACAAAGUAAGGUAAGAGAGAAUAAAUGGAUAUAAAUUACUUUUGAGCUUAGAAAAUAACUUUUAACUCUUAAGCAUGGAGCUUUUUUUUUUUUUUUUUGUCUGAAAUCUGGAACUGAAUGAAGCAUGUGGACUUCCUUUAUGAUAACAAACCAAGCCCAGCUGCUGGAUGAGCAAAUGAAAUUUCCAAGUCAGCUUUUGAUCAUUAUCUGUUUGCCCUUUUCUAGAUUUUUUCUGGUUUUUCUGCCUUUCACUGGCCUCUCUACCCCUUCCCCCCACAACACUAUAUAGUCUUAGCCUUCCGCUGUUUUGCAGGUCUUCGUCUUUCUCAAUGGGCAGAAUAUAUUUCAGCCCUGCCACUCAGCACAGAUCAAUUCAGCAUACGGCAACACAUCUCAAUAUCUCCAUCUCUGCCAAGUCUAAUCCCCCUUAAACAUCUGACUCUAAGCUUCAAAUAAUUAAACCCCUAUCUUGCUUAACAACUUUAAUUUAUCCUUGAAAAUGCUUCUGCUAAGUGAAAAGCCAUAACAUGAAAACAUUUUACAUUCAUUUUAAUUGGAAAAAUUACAAAUUCCAUCUUAGCCCAAGAUACCCAAAUACUUUUUGCAGAUAGAAAAAUAUAUCACGAAAUAAUGCCAUUUGCAGCCACAUGGAUGGACCUAGAGAUUGUCACACUGAGUGAAGUAAGUCAGACAGAGAAAGACAAAUAUAUGAAAUCACUUAUAUGUGGAAUCUUAAAAAAGGGUACAAAUGAACUUAUUUACAAAACGGAAAUAGAGUUACAGAUGUAAAAACAAACUUAUGAUUACCAGGGUGUAAGGGGAGGGAGGGAUAAAUUAGGAGAUUGGGAUUGACAUAUACACACUACUACAUAUAAAAUAGAUAACUAAUAAGGACCUACUGUAUAGCACAAGGAACUCUACUCUGUAAUGGCCUAUAUGGGAAAGGAAUCUAAAAAAUAGUGGAUAUAAGUAUAUGUAUAAAUGAUUCACUUUGCUGUA